GCUUAUUCCGCCGAAGAAAUAUUUUGCUUUUCGGAAGAUCUCAACAAAGCGGCCCUGCUUGUUUUCAGCCCAAAACGUCAGAAAAUCCUGAAAACCGACGAUGUAUGCCAGGACGAACACGGGCAGCACGCAUGGAGAUUUUCAGGACAGAAACGGAGUGAACUACGUCUCUUCGACAGAGUCUUUCGGCCACUGCUCUCAAUUGUUCUGGAAAAAGGACCCGAACGAUUCCGGACCAAGUUCCACGAUCAACUGGUGCGAUCAGCUUCCUUCGUCCUCCGCAGCCCUGUCCAGCUCCAGUCUUUCCUCGGCGUCUCUCUCCAUGGAGUCCCGAGCGCCGCCGCCGGCAGCCACAGACGACAUGGAGUCGGACGAGCGGCCGUACGUCUGCGACCUGUGCCCCUGCGCCUACAAGCACGCCAGCUCGCUGCUCAACCACAAGCUCACCCACAGGAUCGGGGACUUCAAAUGCGACUUCUGCAGCAAACCGUACACCAACUACAUGUCCCUGCGCAACCACAUGCGAAUCCACGGUCAGAAGCGCUACAUGUGCGACCUGUGCGGGAAGGCCUUCCGCCUGGCGAGGUACCUCCGUAACCAUCAGAGGAUACACGACGACGGGCCGAACCGCUUCGACUGUCCCUCCUGCUGUAAGAGCUACAGGACCAUGCUGGAGCUGGCACAGCACCGCUGCACCGCCGCCUCAUCCAACCAGAACCGAUUCAACUGCCCGUCCUGCUUUAAGAGCUACCGAACCAUGCUGGACCUGGCCCAGCACCGCUGCAGCGCCGCGGCCAAAAACCAGUCUGGCGGUCGUCGUUUCUCUGCCAACCCCCGCCGUCAGCAGCAGCAGAACAAUGCUACCUCCAUGAUGCAGUCACAGCAUGGAGGACACGCCCAGCAAGAAGCCCUGUCCUCCCACUGCGUCCCUGCGAUGUCUCAGGGCGGGCAGGGGGCCAGCCAGUCCGUGUCGGACCCCCACCAGGUCCGCCCGAGCUCGGUGUCCUCUCAGAGCAGCCAGCAGAGCAUGAGGAGCUCGUCCUCCAACAAACACGUCCCCUCCUCCAGCGCCGCCCCGUCCUCCUCCUACUCCCUGCUUCAGCCCCUGGUGCCUGAGGUAAAGGAGAUGAACUCGGGAUACACUAGACUGAGCGCCAACCCCAUGAAGCACCAGGACACCUUCUCUCUGGCCCCCCAGCGGCCCCUCACCACCAUCAACCCCAUCAGCCACUCCCUCCAUCCGAACGGAGCGCCCUCGCUGAAGCCUUCCCCUCUGCCGCGGACCAUCCAGGCCAUGCCCUGGGAGCAGCGCUCCCUUUACAAUCAAUGAGACUGUAGGGACCCACAUCCCCCCUCCCACUCUCCCGUCCUCCUCCUCCUCCAGGCCCAUCUCCCGCCCAGCAUCAAGGAGUCAGGACUCUUGGACGCCUCCUGCUUCCUCACCUCUCCUUUGGACCCUUGUGUGUGGGAAUGGGAAGGGGCUCCGUUGAGAACUAGCUGAGAUUUAUUUCUAAGUAGUUAGGUUUGAAUAAUGUGUUGCCUUGACCCUCAUGUACUGGUUAUAAGUUAAAAUGUCUGUGCCCCAAACUGUCCUCUUGUUAAGAAUUUAUCUGCCCCAGACCCCCCCCCUUCCCCAUAGUUAUGAACAUAUCUAUCCUUGCCAUUAUAAAUAGUGUCCCCACACCYUUUUCCUCAUGUUGAAUACAACAAAAAGCUAUUUUUUAUCAAGAGCGAGUUCCAAAUUCAGAACUGGCGCCAAGUUGUUGGAGUACAUGUUACAAAAUUGUUCCUUUGGUCCAAUAUGUUAUGUUUUUUUUUCCUUUGGUUAAAUUAAGCUUCUGCAAAAGAAAGAACAAGAAGCACUUUUUUUUAAACCCUUUGAUAUUCUCUAGAUUAUGCAUAGUGUAUUCUGUGCGUUAGGAGGUAUUCUUCUAUCCUCACACCUCCGAACACGAAGGACCACGACGCAGACGACCUCGUCUUUUCCUGCUCUCCACAUUGUGUCGCGGUGCAGACUGAAGCCCGACCACAUUUCUCACCUGCAGAAGAGGAGAUUGAAUCCUGACACAACUGGCAGCUCACAUCCUGGAUUUUCAUCUCAGCGGAGGAUUGUGGUUCAUGUAGUAUUAAGAACUUUGUGGCUGGUUGCUGCGUUCAGAAGAUUACUGUAAACACCUUUAGCUCUGACAGUGGCUAACAAAAGUAUUCACCCUCCAUCCUUUGCCUUUUUUCUGUUUGUUUUCUUACAACCCUGCACUUAAAAGGAAUUUUGUGGUGUUUGUAUUGUUUAUUUUACACAACUUAACUAGUUGUACUGAUGCCGCAUUUUUUCAAAAUGAGUACAAGUACGUACAUUUGACUAAUGGCCGAUGCAGAGUGCUGAUAAGAGUACUAAUAAAUAUCUAAAUAAUCUUACAUUCAGUAAUAAUCUGUUGGAAAAUCAGUGGAGCGUACUUUUUGUUAAACUGAUCUUGUCAGGAAGCUCGUUCUCAGAUCCUUAUAUUUCCUUUUCUGCCCGAUCACAGGCUAGCUGUUCCCAGCUGCUAUUAUCAAACUCUUAAGAUGUUUACAUUUUUUAAACCUUUGCAGUUCGCUUUAUUUUGUUAGCAACACACAGAGUGUGCAUCAGGAGCAUCAUAAUAAAUAUAAAAUACCUCCACAUGGCCCACGCACCUUUUGCACUUCCUGGACGUUUGGUCCACUCUUCAUGACCAAACAGGAGGGGUGCCUCUGGGUGCUGCUCGUGUCCAACAAUCUUUAAAUCAGACCAGAGACAGUGCUGGGCUUUGAUUGGACCAGUCGUGUGGACUUUUGUCCCAGUCUCAAGCUCUUUGGAAGAGCCAACUUUUUUGCAUGAAGAGUUUUUUUUCUGUAAUUUUCUCCCAGUUGAUAAAAAAAGCCAUCCCCUCAGCAUGACGCUGCCACUGUCAUGCUUCGCUGUAGGGUUGUUGGUAUCAACAUGAAGACGGGUGGGGGGGUUGCCUCACCAGGGACUAAAAUAAAUGUUCCAAGCGUUCUUUAUUCAUCUCAUCUGUUCUCCUGCACAACUUUUGAGCUCCUUGGUCUUCAUGAUGACUUUUGCUUGGUACUGCAGCUGUGGUUCUCUGGGAUUGGUUCUGUUUAUUAUUUGACACCACAACACAUCUACGUUGUGAGAUUUUCCUCUUAUAACUUUAUUAAUCUGGAGAAUUUUGUGUUGGUUUAUUUAAAAAAAUUUGUUUAAAUUCCAGGUUGUAAAAAAAAGGCAGAGAGAAGAGGGGGUGAAUACUUUUAUGAUAGACUACGUUCCAAACUGACUGUUACUUUCUUUUUUUAAGCAAUCAGAAGAAAAACCCAUCAUGACUCGCAUGGAUAUCAGAGACCUGAACCAAGUCCAGCAACAUGGUCCCUUCUGAAGUGACCAAAACCCAAGUCUUCAGUUUCAGACCACAUGUUCUCCGACACUCCCUGCAGUGUCUCUGUAUAAAAAGUUUUAAAAAAUGUUUGUUUUAACAAUCCCACCUGCGUCUCUCUACUUCCAGAAUUAACAUUAGGUUUCACCAAGCAGCCAAUCUGAUUGGCUGAGUCAACUUUAGAGUAUUUUUGUUAUCUGUUGCAUUUGAUGACUAACAAGUUACUCAUGGAUCCAGUUUGUAGUUAGAUAACCUUGCUAACAAGGUGUUCAUGGAAAAACCCACAAUCCUACUGGCGUUGUCUUUUCUCUUUUUAAUUAUUAUUUUUUUAAUUCAUGACAUGUUUUCAUGUUGCUUUCUCUCUCUGUGUAAAGUGUCUUUUGAGUAUUUAGAAAAGUGCUAUACAAAAUAAAAAUGUUUUAUUAUUAUCACCACCA